AUGGAAGGCUGCCGGCUCUCUAUAUCUCCCGAGGUUGGCAUUUAUUCCAUCUUCUCCGCCCUUGGCCGUUUGGGUUCGGAGAAGAAAUUCUUGAAAGGGCUAGCCUCUGAUGAUGGCCCAUUCUUCGUAUUCAUCAUGUCCUGUACCGGGACAGUCACAACAAACAAAGAGGAUACCGACGAUCGUUGUCUCAGUCAAGCAAGCGGAGAAAGAGUGGGUAGGGAUACGAGGAAAGAUGUUGUCGAGGUUGGAGGCAACCACCCCAUGUUCAGCAUCAUCCUCAUCCAGGCUAGCUAG